GGCCACAACCACCACCCAACCGCUCCCGUCGAUCGAUUGAGCCGUCAGCUCCAUCAUCAUCUGAUUGCCGCCGCCGCUUGCCGCCCAUCCAGCUCACACUGACCGCUACGUCUCACUCUCUCCUUCCCCUCCCUACUUACCUAGCUACGAGUAGCUCGAUCGGUUAGAGCUAGCUUGUGAUCACCACGCGCGCCCGCCUUCAGCCCCUUUUAAGCGAGGGCCGGGGCAUGCGCUGCUCUGCUCGCACCGCAAAGGAUGGCCCCAGCUUCUGCCUCCCUCCUCCCCGCCGCCACCACCAAGCGCCCCGUCGACGCCCAAGACCCCGACGCUGCUGAGCAUCCACUCCCGCAGGAGAGCGCGGUGACCAAGAAGGACGGCCAGAGUCAGCAGCAGCAGCAGAGGCUGGAGUGCCCGCGGUGCAGCUCCAGCGACACCAAGUUCUGCUACUACAACAACUACAGCACCACGCAGCCGCGCCACUACUGCCGCACCUGCCGCCGCUACUGGACGCACGGUGGCACGCUCCGCAACGUGCCCGUCGGCGGGGCAUGUCGCCGUGCCGGCAAGCGCCGCAAGGCCUCCGCCGAUCCCCAAACGCCCUCGUCCAACUCGCUGGCGCAGCAGCCGGACCUUCAGGACACGCGCUCCCUCCCGGACUUCCCAUUCCUCACCGACGACGGCGCCGUCUUCCUGCCGCAGUUCGACCUCAGGCUCGGCGGGUUCCCAUGGACGACGCCGGCGACCACGGACCACCUUUACGACGGGCUCGCGCCGUGGGGUGCCUGUGACGAGGCGCUCGCCCCCACCGGCGCUACGGGAGCGUGGGACGACUUCGGCGGCCUGGAUCUCACCUGGCCACCGCCGCCACCCCCGGCGGCCGGCAACUGAUGAUCGGCGUCGUCAUGUCAGUUAGCGUGUCGCCGGCGCGUUCGAGGCUCCUGUUUUAUCAUCGCAGCCUCGAUCGAGGCUAAUUUGCACGGGAAAUUGUACGUCUCCCGUGUCAAACCAGACAUCUUUGACCACACUAGUGAUCUGAUUACGUAGCUCGAUCCAUUUCAGGUUAUAUUUGCAUGUAUGGAUGUGGCUAGCAAGCGCAUGAGUAUCCAUGCUAGCUGUUAAGUACUUUUCCUCGUGGUUUUGGGGCUCUACAUAAAUCUCAGUACUCCCUCCGUUCCUAAAUAUAAGUCUUUUCUAGAUUUCAA